AGGCAUGAACUAAUCGGUCUGUCAUCUUAUAGGAAGUAGAGGGGUUUGUCAGAAGAACUGUAGUUCAGAGAUCGUUGGCAGGACAGAAUGGAACACACCUUGCUCUGUGUGCUACUCUUGCUGAGUACACUCAUCAACUCUGGACACUCUGAAGAUGAUGAUGCUCUGCCCAAAGCUACACUGACUGUGAAGCCAAACCCUGCAUACACUGGAGAGACAGUUACUCUGACGUGUUCAGUAGGGUCUGACAGUAUCUGGAGCUAUCAGUGGUACAAAGACAGGAAUGAUAAUGUAGUAUCCCAGUCUGUCAGACACACUAUAACAGGAGACACCCUCACCAUCAGUAGUGUUGCUGAGUCUGACCAGGGUCAGUACUGGUGUCAGGGAGAGAACCGGUCCAGAUCCAUAUCAUCAAUCAUCAGUGAUCCUGUCAGAGUCACCCUGAAUGCUCUGCCCAAAGCUACACUGACUGUAAAGCCAAACCCUGCAUACACUGGAGAGAAAGUGACUCUGACGUGUUCAACAGAGUCUCACAGUGACUGGAGCUAUCAGUGGUUCAAAGACAGGAAUGAUAAUGUAGUAUCCCAGUCUGUCAGACACACUAUAACAGGAGACACCCUCAUCAUCAGUAGAGCUGGUGUGUCUGACCAGGGUCAGUACUGGUGUGAAGGGAACAGAGUGUCUAGACCCACAUCUUCACUAACAAGUGAUCCUGUCACUCUCACUGUUAAAGGUACAUUACUUUGUUCUGUUCUCUCUCUUGUCAUACAGAUAGAUAGACACUGUUGUUGUUGAGUCAAUCAUGUAGACAUUUUUUGUGUGCCUGUAGACUAUUCUGCCUCACUGAGUUUUGAACCUUUACCCAUCAAGAGGACAUAUCAUGCAGCAGAUCAGAUCCAUG